AUGGAAGGAGAAGCUGACAGCAGUGAUGAUGACAUGGAGAGCAAUCUGCCUCUGGAUCCUGAAACGUGUUUGCAGAUGAACUAUGUGUACCAGGAAGUUAUCCAGGAAAAGCUGGAGGAAGUUGAGCUGCUCCUUGCACAAAACAAAGAACAGCAGAAGGAAAUCAUGGGCGACCUCAGUGGUCCAAAAGCAGGAAAAGCAGGAGGUGGUAGAAAUCUACCAGCAAAUAGAUUUUUGGGUCACUUCAUGAAGCCAUACUUUAAGGAUAAAACAACAGGAAUUGGCCCUCCUUCCAAUGAAGAUGCCAAGGAAAAGGCAGCUCAGGGCAUAAAAUCCUUUGAACAACUGAUUUCAACAAAAUGGAAAAGCAGAGAGAAGACGUUGCUGCAGAAGGCCGUGGUGAGCGACCGCCUGCAGCGCCUCUUGCAGCCCAAGCUGCUCAAGAUGAGUUACUGGAAUCAGAAACUGGAAAAAGUCAAGACUGAAAUGGAGAAACAGAUCCUGGAAAAGCAAAUCAAAGAAUUGGAGCAAGAAAUUGAGGCAAUUAACCAACUCCCAGAAAGUGACUUGUUGGGAAACAGAUUUGAUGAGCAUGACUGGGAGAAAAUUUCCAACAUCCAUUUUGAUGGACAACGCAGUUCCGAAGAACUGAAGAAGUUUUGGGAAAACUGGGAGCAUCCAAGCAUCAACAAAAAGGAAUGGACUGAGGAGGAGAUAGAGAGGCUCAAGAAGAUAGCUGCUGACCAUGGUUAUCUGGACUGGCAGGCUAUAGCCCAGGAGCUGGGGACAAACAGGACACCUUUCCAGUGCUUGCAGAAGUAUCAAAUCUACAACAAGGAUCUGAAAAGGAAAGAAUGGACCAAAGAUGAAGACCAGAUGCUUUUAGAGCUUGUUCAAGAGAUGAGAGUAGGAAGUCACAUCCCAUACAAGAAAAUUGCUUAUUACAUGGAAGGAAGAGAUUCUGCUCAGCUGAUUUACCGAUGGACAAAGAGCGUGGACCCCAGUUUGAGGAAAGGACCCUGGACACCAGAGGAAGAUGCUAUGCUGCUGGCUGCUGUGGGGAAGUACGGAGAGCGCGACUGGUACAAAAUCCGGACAGAGGUGCCCGGGAGGAGUGAUGCUCAGUGCAGGGACAGGUACUUAAAAGCAUUGCACUGUGAUGUAAAGAAAGGCAAGUGGAGUUUAGAGGAAGAGGAGCAGCUGAUUGAUCUGGUUCAAAAGCAUGGCCUGGGUCACUGGAGUAAAAUAGCUUCUGAACUGCCCCAUCGGACUGACUCCCAGUGUCUGAGCAAGUGGCAGCUGAUGAUUGGGGCUAAGAAGAAGGGAUCCAAACGCCAACACGUGCAGGAGAGUUCCAGCUCUGAAGAGAGCAGCAGUGAAGACAUUGAGCUGGACUUAGCAGACAGUUCAGAGGAGGAGACAACCACCAAGGAGGAGGUUGAAUUUCCCAGCAUUGACUUGUGGAUACCCACACAGAGUCCACAGGAGUCAAACAAAGGAAUAUACCAGACUCCAUCCCUCUUCUCUCCUGGGAGCUCUGAUGUGAGGACCACGAGCAGUGACAUGCCAAGGGCAGGGUGUGAUGGAAACAAAGACAGAGCUGCUGUUAAGACCACGGAGUUGAACACUGUCCUGAGAGGCCUGGCACGUCCCCAUUCAACAGACAUCACUGUGAGGAACCCAACAGAAGUCCUGAACAAGGCUGCCAGGUCUGGAAAGCAAGUGCUAUGGGUUAGCCUGGAGAAUGUGAGAAGAGUCUUGAGGAAUAACACAUGCCUUCUGAUGAAACUUCAACCAAAGUUGUUAACAAGGAUGUCUGGAGUGGGUACCCAACAGAAGCUGCAGCACACCCCCGUGAGAGCUGGUCGGCAGGAGAGGGAGCGGUGGAAGAGGAUGAGCCUGGACAGGAAGCUGCUGAUGGCAGUGACACCCUGGGUGGGCAAUGUACUGCUGCCCUGUGUCCUGCAAACUGGGAAGAUGGCUUUUCACCAGACAAAAGCUGAUUCUAUUCAAGAGAAGCUCAAGUCUGUCAGUCUCGUGAGCACUCCUCUGUUCAAACUUUUCAUUCAGCUCUUCCAGAUUGAUACCCAUGGCUGCCUGAAGAUCAUUAGUGAGAGAAAGCUGAGGCAGGCAGAGCAGCUCCGAUCUGACCUCAGAAGGCCUCAGCAGGCUUCCCAAAAUAUGGACACUUCUUCAGGCAAUUCAUCACAAUCUUGUACUCAGAGGAGCUCCCAGAGGGGUGUACCAAGGUGUGCUGUCAGGAGACGUGUGGCUCUACAACCAAGGGAGAGUUCUGUCCUGGAGAGUGGUGCUGCUGCUGGGCAGAGAGCUCCUCCAGCCCAAGGGCAAAGGCACAAGACUAGAACUGUCUCAGAAUUACUGAGAGAGAAGCGACUAAGAGAAUCCCAGGCUAACAAAGCUAUGCAGAGGAAAGUCUUUGUUGCCCCACAGAUGCUGGUUUCGGGGCCUCUGAUAAUCCAGCACCCACCACAGCAAACCGUUCCUUCUGCACAGCCAGGGAGCAAAACUGAAGCAGUUGGUAGUAAAAAUAGCCAAGUGCAGUGUGCACCAGCUCCACUGCCAGCAUUUACUUCUGCUGCAGGUUCAACUUCUACCAGUGCUGUGCUUGAAAACCAUUCUUCAUCAGUGCCAGAAACUGGGGAGAGCCCCAGUUCCUCACAAGUGACAGAACUACAGUCCAAUAAAGACAAAGAGAAAGUUUUGGAAGAUAGCCCUGGAGGAGGGGCUCUUCCAGGCAUGAAUCCAGCUGCAGCAGAGAAGGCCUCAGAUCAGGGAGGGUGCAAUGGUCAGGUCCCAGCUGGCAGCCCAGCUUCAGCAGUGUUGCAAAACCAAGCUUUUGUGCCACAUCAGAUUACAGUGGUGCCUGUUGGCAUUGGGUCUGGCACCAGCAAAUUGUCUCUUUCCACACCAGUUCCCUGUGAGCUGACCAGUAAUGGGACACAACAGAGGCCAGUCGGUCUCUUGUCUACUCAUGUAACCCCACAGACUGGUUCCCACUUGAUUCCCAGCAGCAUCCUGCCCUUCACCUGGGUUGUGACACCACAGUCUCUGCUCUCCACGGCUGUGCAGACUGUGCUGGGUGUUCCUGGUGCUGCUGCGGGGAGUCCGUCUCACACGCCUGUCACAUCCAGCAUCUCCAGCCUGGGAGUGCCUCCAGCACCAGCUGGAGCACAUACACCUCACCCCAGCAGUGCAGAGACAAAAGCACCAAGUGCCCAGGUAGCAGGAGGACCUUUGGGAAAGACAGCUCACCAUUCCACAGGUCUCUUACCUGUGAUCUUAGCAAGCCCUGGAUGCACCACCUCCAGCAUUUCUGCUGCAACCCCUGCAUGUCCAGAUGGCUCCUCCAAGGCUUCUGAAUCCUCUGCAGCUCAGACUGAUGCUCCAUCUGGUACACCAACCCUGCAGGCUGUGGUGCUGCCCCAAGCACAGCUACCUACGAGCACCCAAGGGUCUGAUUCCCAACGUCUGUCAGGUCUCACUAGCUCAGGAAAGAGCUAUGACUCCAUUACAACCAAUGGAUCACCUUCCAGUCUAAGGAUUGUCACCAAAGGGAUUGUGCUCCAACCAGGAGAUGCAGUUUCCCAUAACAAUGUUCCAAGGAACUCUGAUUGCUUUGCUGCACAAGCAUGGAAAAACAGACCUCUUGCCUCCAAACCUCCAACUACACAGCCUGCUGACAGUCCAACUCAGCCAACCUCUUCCAGUGCAGAGAAGAAUGUACUUGACUUUAGCCUCAUUUCCCUCGAAGAUGAGGAGCUAGUGAAGGAGUGGAUGAAGGGGAAACAAGGUGUCCAAGUACCAUCACUGCAGACCAGGUUGCCUUAUUUGCCACCUUUUCUGUGCAACUUAAAAACCCUCUCAAAGCUACUUUUGCAGAAAGCAGCUUUAGAAGAGCAAGCAGCAUGUCUGCUGCCUUCCGAUGCCAGUCAGGGUGAAGCCACUGGGGUUGAUCUCCAAGCUAUCAGGAACCUGGUGCAGCAGAAACUCGGAGAUAACCCUGCUUACCUCCUCCUGAAAGCCAGAUUCCUGGCAGCCUUCACACUCCCAGCUGUACUAGCAACUCUGCCUCCUCCAAAAGUGUCAACAACUCUGUCAGCCAGCAGGAAGCAAUAUGAAGAGAGUGAUGAAGAGGAGUGGCAGAGUGAGAAGGAAGUGUCUGAGGAAGAGAGUUGUGGGAAUAAAUUAACAGGUGAUGAGUCUGGAGACAAAGAUGCUGAUUUACUAAAUCAGAUCAUGGGAGAUGAAGAGAAUGUUGCACAGUCUGUCUUGGACUCCUGGACUGAUGUGGCUGAUGCCAGUGCUCCUCAAAUCAGGAAAAGUAACCGCUUCAGGAAGAGGAGGAGGAUGUGA